AUGGGCGUCUAUGCGGCUAAGAAGCACCUCAGGUGUGGGGAGCCCUGGAAGCUCAUUACAGAAGAUGUGCUGCCGCCCGAGUACCGGGAGUCCCCCAGAGCCCUCGCGGAGACCACCAGGACGAGCGUGCUGGAGAUCAGGGACAAGAUCAACGAGACCGUCCCCCGUGCCUUCCCAGAGCUGUAUGAGGAGGCUUUGAGAGAGACGGCACAGAGAGCAGAGAGCGCUGACGGCCCUCAGACCCUUAAAGAGGUGCCCUUGGUUAAGGCCAAGGUGGUAUCUCCCCGCAAAGGUGCCACACCGUCUCGUUCUCCCUCCUCCAGGUACUGGCAUCUCCUGCUCUGCCCACACCGGGGCCUGCUGUGCCUGACCUGUGUCAACAUGCCUCGGCGACGGAAGGGUAAGGCCCGUGCCCGUAAGAAACACAACCAAACCCGUGCUGACUCCAAGAGUCACAAGAGAGUUCAGGAAGCUGCAGCUGUGGGAGACGAGUCCCCCUCCUGCUCUUCUGUUUUGGAUGGUGAUCCUCAAAGGCCAUCAGCUACUGAGACAAGUAGCACUUACCAGGGGUCUUGGAGACCCUCGUCUACCACCAUUACCUCUUCAGGUGCUUUAGACACAAGAUCUGACAAAGGUGAUAAAAGUCAAGAUAAGGAACAUUCGUGGUCUUCUGAGGUCCCAUCUCCCGAGACCUCAUGCAGUGAUCUUCUAACCACGAAGUUGGAUUUGUUGGAGCAAUUUCUCCUGUGCAAGUAUGAAAUGCAAGAGCCCAUUCUGAAGGAAGACAUGCUGAAGAUUGUGGGCGAAAUUAACCCAGACCAAUUUGCUGACCUCAUCAAAACAGCCUCUGAUCAUAUUGAGGCCGUCUUUGCAGUUGAUUUGAAGGAAGUCGACUCAAGCAACCACGCAUAUGACCUCGUCAGCAAACUGAACCUCCCCAAUAAUGGGAGGGUGUAUGCUGGCAACGGGUUACCAAAGACCGGUCUCCUCAUGAGUAUCCUGGGCGUGAUUUUCAUGAAGGGCAACUCUGCCACUGAGGAAGACAUUUGGAAAUUCCUGAACAUAAUGGAAGUAUACGCUGGAAGGGAGCACCGCAUCUACGGGGAGCCCUGGAAGCUUAUUAACACAGAUCUGGUGCAGCUACAGUACCUAGAAUACCGCCAGGUACCUGACAGCGAUCCGGCACGCUAUGAGUUUCUGUGGGGCCCAAGAGCUCGCGCUGAAACAAGCAAGAUGCAAGUCCUACAAUUCUUGGCCAAGGGUGGUGAUACAGGCCCUAGUGCUUUCUCACCCUGGUAUGAAGAGGCUUUGAGAGAUGAAGAGAGAACACGAGCUACAGAGUCGGUCAGGGCUGCCACUGGUGCCACAGCCAGACAUGAUAUCACGGCCCUGGCUGCUCUCACCCCUAGUGAUGUCUGA